UUCGGGCCAUUAAAUAUACGUCCCUCUUCUCCGCCCCCACUCACCACUCUUCGCCAUCCUCUGCGAUCCGUUGCCCCGAGAAGAUGUCGACGCUGACGUUUCCCGGUUCCCUUCCUUCCCCCGCCAACGACUGCGAGCAGCUUCACAAGGCCUUCCAAGGAUGGGGCACCAACGAGGGCUUGAUCAUCUCCGUCCUCGCCCACCGCCCGGCCGCCCACCGUCGCGAGAUCCGCCGAGCCUACGCCGAGAUCUACGGCGAGGACCUCCUCAAGGCCCUCGACAAGGAACUCACCCGAGACUUCGAGAGGGCGGUGCUGCUAUGGGUGCUGGACGCCGCGGAGAGGGACGCCGUGCUGGCGAAUGAGGUCGUGAGGAAGUGGAGCCCUGGAAACCGGGUGUUGAUUGAGAUCGCUGUGGCGAGGACGGCGGACGAGCUGUUUGCGGCCAAGCGGGCUUACCAAGCUCGAUUCAAGCGGAGCCUCGAGGAAGACGUCGCCGCACAUACUAAUGGAGAUUUCAGAAAGCUGCUUGUUCCACUUGUAAGUUCAUAUCGUUAUGAGGGAUCUGAAGUGAACACAUCCUUGGCGAAAUCAGAGGCUAAGAUGCUGCAUGAGAAGAUUAAGGGUAAAGAUUACAACCAUGAAGAAGUUAUUAGGAUCCUCACAACAAGGAGCAAAGCACAACUGCUUGCAACAUUCAAUGACUACAAGAAUCAGUUUGGUAAUCCAAUUAAUAAGGAUUUGAAGUCUGAUCCAAAGAAUGAGUUCCUAUCAGUGUUAAGGGCUAUCAUACGCUGCAUCACAUGCCCCGAAAGAUAUCUUGAGAAGGUUAUUCGACUCGCCAUUAACAAGAUGGGAACUGAUGAGGGGUCUCUUACUCGAGUCAUAACAACUCGUGCUGAGGUGGACAUGAAACAGAUAAAAGAGCUGUACCAUAAGAGGAACAGCGUGACACUCUAUCGCGCCGUAAAAAAAGAUACUACUGGUGAUUAUGAGGACUUCCUCCUUGCAUUGAUUGGACAUGAUGAUGCCUGAGUUAGUUGUUGUGAUGAAUAAGGUCUUGGUGUGUGUUAGUGAGACACCACCAUUAUCCUCAGGUACAAAUCACUUGGUGUGUGCUGAGUUGUGAACCUGAAUUAUGCAUCAACUUCUUUCCUACUUCUA